UUGUAUUGUAUACAUGGAAAGUAAUUUUGCCAAAAUGCGAUUAUUAAUUAUAUUUUUUGUCGCACUAGGGUCGUAUGGAGUUUUGGGAGAUUAUCCUACGAGUUUCUUAAGGGUUUUGCCUAAAGAUCUGAGGGCAUGUUCCUGUAUAUCUUCAUACCUGAAAGCCAAGAUAAAAUUAUCUGCCCCAAUUGCCUUUAAAAAGUUCGGGAUUUCGCCUAAAUACAUGCCUGUUCCGCCUAAAGAUAAGCUUAAGGGUGGUUUUGUGACUGCAGAUGUAGAGUUGGGAAAUUUCAUUGAUCCACUUAGAACUAUUGAUCCAGCGUAUGUCAGUUAUCCAAAAGGAAAGGAAAAUGUAAAAUACACUCUAAUAAUGAUAGAUUUCGACGGUCAUCAGGGACCUGCACCGAAUGUCCACUUGAUAGCUAUUUUUGUUAAUGUACCAAAUAGCAAGAAUUUAAUGGCUGGUGGGGAGGUAGCUGUGCCCUUCAUCUCACCCGUCCCAAGCUUAGGAACCGGCAUUCACAGAAUCGCAGGCAUCUUGUACGAGCAGAACGACCACAUAGAUCCCGACCAAAUUGCGUUUUUAAAAUUGGCAAAAAGCCGUGUUGUACACCUGGGACAAUUCACAAAGACCUACAAUCUCAAGCCUGAGCCUUUGGCGGGGACUUUCUACACCACUGAACUCAAACGUUGCGGAAAACAUUAAAAUAUAAUCUAAAAUUAAUAUG